AUGGCUAACUGUAUUGAUAACAAUGACAACACCAAUGGCAUUGACAUUGAAGAGGUGGACACGACUGGCGACUCGAGAUGUGGUGGUGAUGGCCGGUCUUCGUUGGCCAUGAGGUGCACGGAUGAGAUGAGUGGCAAUUCAGACGUCUUAAGACGUUUAGAUGGAUGUCUUAAGACGGGACACGACAUCCAGAAGUACGACGGGAUAACUGUGUGCGUGAAGUGUGGACAGGUAUUCAGAGACUCGGGAGACAUGUUGAGGGCCGACCCCACGCAGACCUAUGCCUGCAAUCAUGAUCCGGACGGCAAGAAAGCCUACAUCCGAGGCAUCCAUGGAUCCAAAGACACGUUCGCGACGGCCAAGCGGUUCAAUACUGCAGUGUUGGACACAUUGGUGUCGAGCCUAUCGCUGGGCAAACAUAUUCAGGAUCUGGCGGUCGAGAAGUAUAAGACUUUGAUAGCGACUCACUUCCGGUGCGCGACGUUGACCACGAAGAGGGUGUUGUCCGCCAUAUGUCUGUACAUAACACUCAUAAGUGAGGGCAAUAUCGUGACAAUCGGACACAUCUGUAAUGCCGUCAAUUGCACGCCAUAUGAGUUCAAUCGAGUGUACAAUCAAGUGAUCAAAGAGUUCCCGGACUUUAGACCGGAACAGAUGCCCAUCGAGUCGUUGGUUCCGGUGGUCUUGAGUGAGGCCAACAUCGAUAAGACUGAGAGAAAGGCUCUGGAGGAGAAGGUGGCGAAGAUCUUGGAGUUGGAGAGGGAGUGUUGGCUGAUAGAGGGCCGGACGCCCACUCACAUCAUAUACGCGGCCACAUUCCUGGCCUGGAAGUCCAUUAAGCCAUACGAGCGCCGUAAAGUGAAACUCACAGAGUUUUGCCGACAAAUGGGUAUUGAAUACAAACACACGACUUGUGAGAGAGUCACCGAACUCUUCAAUGCCAUCAAACGACUGGCCGCUCAACUCGUCACCUAUAGGACAGUUGCCAUCACUAAGUCCAACAUCAGUAUCCAUUUGGACCGAGUAUUGCAAUACCAGUCGUCUCUGGUGUUUGACUACAACCAGCAAAUGAAGCGCAACUUAAUAGCGAAUGGCAUGUCUUCGAGCGAUGAUAACGAUCCCAACCAUAAGUCUGGCGAUUGGGUCCACAUGUUUAAGAAGAGAUCCAAAUGUAAGGCUAAAACCAAUGAGAGUGAGAGUGCCGUGGAUUUGACGAAAUCAGAUGAGGAAAUGUCUGAUUCCGAGAUCAAUAAGUAUUUGAGAAGUGAUCGCGAAAUCAAAAUGAUUAAGAAGUUGAAGAAGUAUGCGACAGAUCCGUCGGAUGUAUAGGUUUAUUGAUUAGUUCACAACAACUAUUUAUUGUCCAUUAUUUCAUAUUAUGAAUCAUUUUCUGUUAUGAUUAAUUACAUGACACCUGAACUCAUACUUACCGUACAUUUAAU